AUGCAACAUUCAUCGUCGAACCAUGUUCAACAAGGCUCUUCUUCCCAACCACCAUCAUCAUCAACAUCUUCAUCACAAUAUCAAAUUUCAUUGCAGAAUACAAAUUCCGAAGCAAGCCAUCCGAAUGGAAAUUUAGCCUCGGAAGACCAUCAUCAUUCGGACACUUCAUCACUUUCUAGACCUAUUCCAUCAUCACCAUCACCUUCUUUCCCCUCUGUUGUAAUAAAGAAUCCCUAUGACACCCCUACGGAUGAAAAUGAAAAUAGUUUCAGUGAGCAAGUCAAGAGGAUCAAUGUUCCGAAAAUGACGGGUCAACAUCAUCACCCACUGCUUGAACAUGUCGAUACAAACGUGCCUACAGCCACACAACAGCACCAGGAGAGCAGUAGUGUGCACACAGCAGGUACUGCAUCAGCUAAGCUGGGAGAUGACAAGUUUUCAACCAAGCAUACCAUGACAGCAUCCACGCCCACUAAUUCACCAUUUGUUAGAGGUAAUGACUUUGAGCAAUCGGGAUUUCAUUUUGGAGUUCCUGGAACACCAAGCGAUUCAUUUAGGAGGAGACCUGUGUUGAAUGUUACUACAGUCAACCCACCCAAUGCUCAACAUCGAACCAAUCAAAUAAUUUUGGAGCCUAUUUCUAAUACAACAGCUAUUGGCAGUAGUCACGAGGAUAAACAUUCACAAAGUUUCACAAAAAAAGGUUCUAUUAAAAUUAAUAGAGCUCAAAACAAAAAUGCAGAAACUGCCUCUCCAAUGAAAAUCGGUGAUGAUGAAUUGAAACCUUUUGGAACUGAAAUUACUGUUGACGAUGACGCGUAUAGCACUGAAGAAGAGGCCUUAGUAGAUACAGCUCCUCCUCUUGAGCAUGACGAUCAAUCUUUUCGUGGAAAUGACACUACACCCACUUUUUUAAGGCCUUCUGAAUCGAUGGAAUCAAUCAGUUCAUUAGCUAUGGAUCCAACCUAUCAACCUGAAAUUUUAUCCGACGAGUCCAUGAAAAAAUAUAUUGAGAAUGAGUUGACUGCCGGUGGAACUUCUGUAAUUGGACAUUUGUUAAAAAGUGCACAUGAUGCGGCUACGAACAUUGAAAAAAAGACUGGAAUGUCACUUAAGGAAAGAAUUCCACAUGUGUUUUCUUCGAGUAGUCUUGAGCAUCAAACAAAACCGUUCAAGUUUCUCAAAGGAUCAGGAGAUACAGCCGCCCCCAUUUUACUUCCAUCACAGAAGAGAACUCUAAGGUCAUGGUUUCUAAAGCGUUCAAGAAAUACUAUGAGAUUUAAGAAAAAGGAGCAGAAGUGGAGAAAAGAAAAUUCAAAAUACAUUGAGGAUGGUGACAUGGAAGCAGGAGAUAACGAUUUUAAAUUUGAAAAUGAUUCUACUACAAGUGAUAUGGAAGAUGACACUGCACCAAUUGAAGUUGAAAGAACACAAACUUGGCAAGAGAAGGUAAUUGCCUCAUUUAAAUGGUUCUUUACUGGAAAAAUUGAAAAGGUACAAUCAAAGAUAUUGUAUAAGGAUCUUUCAGAUGAGGAUAGGAAGAAGGUUCAUUCAUUGCUUAUUGAUUUGGCUUACGCUCUAUCUAUUUACGGGUUGAGUACCAACCAGACAGAAUUUCGUCUAACUCUCAUCUCCACGUAUUAUGGAAUUGAUGCAUAUUUUUCUUGCACGCCAAGCGGAAUUUGGAUUGCAUUCGGUCACAGACCUAACGCAUCAAAUGACAACAUGUUUACCUACUUUGUCAAAAUUGAGAGUCAAGCUGUAAAUAUGGACAAAUUAACAAAAUUAGAUAAGGUUGCAAGUAAUAUUUCACAUGGACACUACACGAUUGAUGACGCUCAAAAAGCGGUCAAUGAAAUUAUUCGGCAACCUAAUAUUUAUGCACAUCCCAUGAUUGCAUUAUUUUUCCACUUUAUAACACCAGGAUUGUUUGUUAUUUUGUGGAAAGGAAAUGUUGCUGAAGUUUUCACAUGUUUGAUCGUGGGUUUAAUCAUUGGAGUCCUUAAUUAUUUUUGCUCAUCCAUGCCGUUUUUCGCAUCUAUUCUCCCUGCAGUGGCCUCAGUACUUGGAGGGUUAAUUGGAAUUCUCAUGAAGUGGAUAUUAUUUGAUUACUAUUAUAUUUCGGUUGCACUUUGUGGCCUAUGCACGUCUUAUCAAUUUCUUCCGGGUUCAAUCAUAACGACUUCUCUACAAGAGAUUUCGAUUGGAGCCUCUCUUUCAGGAAUUACUCGUUUGACGAAUGCUUUCAGUAUAAUUCUAAAACUAGGAUUUGGAUUAAUUUUCACAGCCGGUAUUGUACAUCAAAUACCAAAAUUAUCAGAGAGUGAAUCAAAUGACAUCACAAGACAACCACUUGCAAUUUGGGCAAGAAUAUUGGUGGUAUUAUUAUUGACAACGGUGACAAUGAUUAGUCGUAAAGUACCUCAACACCUUCCUACAAUGAUUACCAUUGCUAUCACUUCUCUGACGGCACACUUGAUCAACUAUUUCUUGUCUUUCCUCCAUAUUGAAAUUUCUACUGCCAUUGCAGCAACUGUAGUUGGAUUACUUGCAAAUUUAUACACGGUUAUUUCUCAUACACCUCCCGUUGUUGUGGCAGGUGUUUCUGUUUUAAUGCUUUCACCUGGAUCACUGAGCUAUCGUGGAAUGGCCUCUUUCAUCUUGACAAGUAAUACUCAGUCGAGCUUGACAUUUUUCCUUGAUGUGUUUUUGAUUGGUGUGGCAAUAUUUGUUGGUCUAAUGGUAUCCAAUCAUGUGAUUCCAAUUCGCCAAAAGAUCAACAUUUAA